AUGCGCAUGCUCCGUGUCUUCUCUUGGGCUCCUCGUGUGAUUCGGAACUUCAUGCCGGGUCCCAAGCGCGCGCGCCACCCCCGCAUCGGCACCCACGGGGGCACCUUUCACUGCGACGAGGCGCUCGCCUGCUUCCUCUUGAAGCUGCUUCCCUCUUAUCAGGAUGCAGAGAUUAUCCGGACUCGGGAUCCCCAGCUGCUGUCCUCAUGUGAUGUUGUGGUGGACGUUGGGGGUGAAUAUGACCCUCAGAAGCACCGCUACGACCAUCACCAGAGGUCAUUUAACGAGUCAAUGCACAGCCUAAAACCUGAUAAACCAUGGCAGACCAAGCUGAGCAGUGCAGGGCUGGUAUAUGUGCACUUUGGCUCCCAGAUUUUAGCCAACAAGUUGGGCCUAAAGGAGGAAG